AUGAGAUCCAGUGGGAGGAAUUACUACUGCUCCUCACCUGACUGCACAGCCCUGUGGUUAACGAAGCGCCUCCAGUAUCCAUCUCUACCUCUGAAGGCUCAGCUGCGCGUUGACCUGGUCAGUUUUCCGGAGCCGUACUGGGCCUCUCACUCCGCUCUCCUUAGUGGUCUAUUCACAGCCAGCGGCUUACUUACCGUCUAUGCUGCAGACUCCCAACGCAAGAUGACCCAGCGCAUGGCCUUUGCCAUGGUCGGCCUGGCUUGGACCUUGUCCAUACUCAUCUCCUUCAUCCCAGUCCAGCUCCACUGGCACAGGGACAAAGCAGGCUCCUGGCGCGGGAUGAACGCGCCAUCCAACCUGGCCAAUGGGACGCCCUGGGAGGAAGCCGGGGAGCCACAGUUGAGGGCGGAGAACUGUGACUCCAGCCUGAACCGAACCUACGCCAUCUCCUCCUCGUUGAUCAGCUUCUACAUCCCAGUGGCCAUCAUGAUUGUGACCUACACGCGCAUCUACCGCAUUGCCCAGGUGCAGAUCCGCAGGAUUUCCUCCCUGGAGAGGGCCGCGGAGCAUGCGCAGAGCUGCCGGAGCCGUGCGGCCUGUGCGCCUGACACCAGCCUGCGGGCAUCCAUCAAGAAGGAGACCAAGGUCCUUAAGACCCUGUCGCUGAUCAUGGGGGUCUUCGUGUGCUGCUGGCUGCCCUUCUUCAUCCUUAACUGCAUGGUCCCCUUCUGCAGUGGACGCCCCGAGGGUCCUCGGGCGGGCUUCCCCUGCGUCAGCGAGACCACCUUCAACGUCUUUGUCUGGUUCGGCUGGGCCAACUCCUCCCUCAACCCGGUCAUCUACGCCUUCAACGCCGACUUCCGGAAGGUGUUCGCCCAGCUGCUGGGGUGCAGCCGCCUCUGCUUCCGCACCCCGGUGGAGGCAGUGAUCAUCAGCAAUGAGUUCAUCUCCUACAACCAGGACACCGUCUUCCACAAGGAGAUUGCAGCAGCCUACAUCCACAUGAUCCCCAACGCCGUGACCCCGGGGGACGAGGAUGUGGACAAGGAAGAGGACGAGGGCCCUUUCGACCAGAUGUCCCAGAUCUCUCAGACGUCCCCAGAUGGCGCCCCUGCUGCCGAGUAUGCCUGGGAGCUGGACUGUGAGGGUGAGAUUUCAUUAGGCAAAAUAACGCCUUUCACCCCAAAUGGAUUCCGUGAAACCACAUAAGAAAUGCCCCUGGUGGGUCUGGAUAGCUGCACAGACAUAAACAAGCAUACGGAACACACAGGGACACACAGAUAUGUUUGCAGGGCUGCUCAGGCGAUCACGUGUUCCGUCUGCGUUGUAGCCCAUGUGCUCAGAAACCUCCCCAGUCUGAUUUAUUGUUUGAAGAAAUUGGCAGAAGCAGUUGGAAUAAACUCAAAUAUAUCCAGCCUAGUAGAGAUGGACUAAUGUUCUUGCUAGACAAGAGAAGAUGGUGAUGGGUUCUCAAAAAAAAAGUGGCACUUGGAAUUUAAAAAUAUACCCCUCCCCCCUUUAAACAAGUGGAUUGUUCAGUGUUACCGUGUUCGGGAUCAUAUUAAACAGGUUCCAUGUGUGUGUAGUGCUGAUGGGAGUGUGUGGCUCUCCCGUGUCUUGCUUCCUGUGGCCCUGUGUUAAUGCAGUUUCUGCUCUGUGUGUAUCUUAGGACAGCUGAGGAAAUCUUCCUGAUUUGUUCUGGUGUCUAAUAAACACAAAUUAUGUAUAUUGUGGGGUGAUUAUCUUUGCUUUGCCCGACCCGUUUUCAGGACAGCCUUUGGAGAAACUACAAGAGCAUCCUUAAGAGCAGGGGAGAUUUUGGCUGAGUCUGGAAGCACGUAUUUAUUUUCUUUACAGACAGCUUGGCCUUAAAGGUAUACACAGGGGCAAGGGACCUGGAGAACCUUCUGAUUUCUCAGGUU